AUGUCUGAAAACAUUUUAAGUUCUGUGAAUAGCAGUGUUUUACUAUCGAUAGCUUUUGGUGAAUUAAUUAAGGCUGAAACUAAAUAUAAUGAAAAUGGAUCAUUUAGUGAAAAUUCACUUCUGGAACUUUACAGCCUUUUUGGAGAUGUAUUUGAAACAGCAAUCAACUUAGUGGAAAAGUGCAAAAUUAUUCAAUAUCAAACUCAAAGUGGAAGAAAAAUAUUUAAAGUAAUCCGUCCCAAAGAGCAGUAUACUGUUUAUGAUGGUAUAAAUUUUUGUUUUUGUAAUUUCUUUCAUGCUGAAGUUUUGGAAAAUCAAUCAGCACUAACUUGUUGUCAUGUUCUUAUAGCUAAGUUAGGCACUAUUAUGAAUAUACAAUCAAUAGAAAGUAUAACAGAUAAACAAUUUGUUGAUUUUUUAAAUGAACAAAUUUAUUUAUUAAACGAACAUACAGAAGAUUUUUAA